AUGCUAUGUCCUUGUGUAAGUUGUGGAAACCGAAAGCAACGUGAUGUAAGAACCAUAUCUCGCCAUCUUUACCGAGUCAACUUCAAAAGUAAUUAUUAUGUAUGGUCAAGCCAUGGAGAAACCUACUAUGACGCUGGAGAAUCAUCGACGGGAGGUCAAUUUAUGGGAGAUGAAGCAAGAUAUGCAGACGGGCCAUAUGAAGAGAACAUUCCUGGAGGAGACUUUGGGUCAACUGAAAUACCGGAUAAUUUGAUGGAGGAACCCAAUGAAGAGCAAUAUGAAGAAGGAUUGUUUGAAGCUUUCGAAGCCGCUAAUCAACCACUAUAUGAUGGAUUUGUUGAAGGUAUUUCUCAACUAUACUUGGCAUCUCGUUUAAUGAAAGUAAAAACUGAUCAUAAUUUGGCGGAGUCAUGUAUGGAUGAGAUAUCACAAACUUUUAGAGAUGUUUUGCCACAACCAAAUAUAGCUCUCGAGUCAUAUUAUGAGCUAAAGAAGCUGACGAAGUCGCUUGGUCUCCCUGUCGUGAAGAUCGAUAUUUGUGAGGAUAAUUGCAUGUUAUUUUGGAAAGAAGAUCGCGAGUUGUUGGUGUGUCGGUUUUGUGGAAAAGAUAGAUAUCACCAGAAGAACCAUGGAAAAGAGAAAAGGCGUCCAAAACAAAGAAUGUUCUAUUUGCCUAUUACGGAGAGGUUGAAGCGUCUUUACCAACAAGAGGCUGCUGAAUCACAAAUGCGAUGGCACGCAAAACAUGAGUCGUCAGAAGGAGAAAUGCACCACCCUUCUGAUGCAGCAGCGUGGAAGCAUUUUAACAAGGUAUAUCCUGAUUUCGCUGCGGAAAGUCGAAAUGUUUAUCUAGGAGUAGCAACAAAUGGAUUUAAUCCAGUGGGUAUGAGCGGUGAAUCCCACUCGGUUUGGCCCGUCAUCGUAACCCCAUAUAACCUACCUCCUGGUAUGUGUAUGAAAAGAGAAUAUUUCUUUAUAUCAGUACUAGUUCCUGGGCCAAGGCAUCCAAAGAAGAGCAUUGAUAUCUAUUUGCAGCCGUUAAUUGAAGAACUAAAAAGUUUGUGGAGCGAUGGAGUCGAACCAUAUGAUGUCUCGAAGAAGCAAAAUUUUACAAUGCGAGCCGCACUAAUGUGGACAAUUAAUGACUUUCCUGCUAACGGCAUGAUUUCCGGAUGGAUGACUCAUGGCCGUUUAGCUUGUCCAUAUUGUCUUGAUGAUACAAAGGAGAAUCCUUACAGAAGAAAUGUCCAAGCUUUUCGAAAGGGGCAGACGGUAGCUGAUGAUCCUCCACCAUGGUUGACGGGAGAAGAAAUUCUUCGCGAAAGAAUCAACAACAUCGAAGGACUGAAGAAAACGGUCGAUUGUGGAGGAAAUGGACACGAGAAACCUGCGAGCACUAUAAACGGCUAUGGCAAAGACCACAAUUGGGUGAAGAAAAGUAUCUUUUGGGAGUUGCCGUAUUGGGAAAACCUUCUUCUUCGCCACAACUUGGACUUCAUGCACGUUGAGAAAAAAUUAUUUGAUAAUCUUAUCAACACGAUGCUUAAUGUUCCCGGGAAGACAAAAGAUAAUGAAAAGUCGAGGAUGGAUCUACCUGAUUUGUGCAGACGGUCUGAGUUGCAUAUGAAGGAUGAUGGAACGAUGUCAGUCCCGAUAUUCCAGUUGUCGAAAGAGGAAAAAAAAGAAUUUAAGCGAUGGUUAAAAAAUGAUAUAAAAUUUCCAGAUGGGUACGCUUCAAAGUUUAGUAGGUGUAUAGACGAGACGAAUAGCAAGAUUUCAGGUCUGAAAAGUCAUGAUUGUCACGUCAUUAUGCAGCGACUUCUCCCAUUUGCGUUUAAGGAAUUACUUCCCAAAAGUGUUCACAUUGCCAUUUCAGAGAUAACACUCUUCUUUCGUGAUAUAUCUGCGAAGAUACUUAAGCACGAAGAUGUUUCCAUUUUGAAAGAAAACAUUGCGGUGAAACUUUGCAAUUUGGAGAAGAUUUUUCCACCGUCGUUCUUCGAUGUUAUGGAAAAUCUGGCUGUACAUUUAGCAGACGAAGCUGCUUUAGGUGGUCCAGUGCAAUAUAGAUGGAUGUAUCCUUUCGAGCGAUACAUGUACCAUCUGAAAAAGAAAGUUAAAAAUAAGGCACACAUUGGAGGUUCCAUCGUUGCACAAUAUGUGAAUGAGGAAAUAUCUACCUCUUCUAGAAGUUUGGUUUACAUAUCAAUAUCCAGAUGUGCCUAA